UCCACAGCUACAUUCCCUGACUCCCGGCGAAGCUGCGGCCUUCCGUAUUCAGCCCGCCGGGAGAUCAUGGGCCAGAGCCACCGCCGACUCUUGCUCGUAUCUUUGUCCGUGCUGCUUCUCACAGCCACGCCCGUCGCCGCCGACAGCACGUUGACACAGCGGAGUGCCAUCGCCGCCGACCAGAGGCUGGUCUCGCCGGGAGACGUCUUCCAGCUCGGCCUCUUCCCCGUCGCCAACGGCACCAAGUGGUUCCUCGGCAUAUGGUUCACCGUCUCCCCGGCCGCCGUCAUCUGGGUCGCCAACCGCGACCGCCCGCUCAACGCCUCGUCCUCCGGCAUCCUCGCGCUCAGCGGCCGAGGAGACCUCGUGCUCCUCGACGCCGCGAGGGACAACGAGACCGUCUGGUCGUCCAACUCCUCGUCCGCGACGGUAGCGCAGCUCCGCGACAACGGCAACCUGGUGCUCGCGGACGCGGCCGGCGCCGUGGUGUGGCAGAGCUUCGAGCACCCGACCAACACGUUCGUGGCGGAGAUGCGGUGCGGGAAGGACCUGAGGACCGGCGCGCUGUGGGCCCUCUCGUCGUGGCGCGGCGCCGACGACCCGUCGCCCGGGGACUUCCGCUACGUGAUGGACACCAGCAGCGGCUCGCCGGAGCUGCACGUCUGGGGCAAGGGGCGCAAGACGUACCGAACCGGGCCGUGGAACGGGAUGCGGUUCAGCGGCAUCCCGGAGAUGACCGCCUUCGAGGACAUGUUCGAGUUCCGGUUCACCAACACCACCGACGAGGUCUCCUACGUGUUCCGCGACCGCGCCGGCUCGCCGGUGUCCCGCGUCGUCCUGAACGAGACCGGCGUCAUGCAGCGCAUGGUCUGGGACCAAGCGGCGGUGACGUGGAGCGUCUUCUGGUCGGGGCCGCGCGACCAGUGCGAUCGCUACGGCCUGUGCGGCGCCUUCGGCGUCUGCAACGUGGUGGACGCCGUGGUGUGCGGCUGCGUCCGAGGGUUCCGGCCCAGCUCGCCGGCGGAGUGGCGCAUGCGGAACGCGUCCGGCGGGUGCGCCCGCAGCACGCCGCUACAGUGCGGCUUGGGUGGUGGUGACGGGUUCUAUGCCCUGCGCGGCGUGAAGCUGCCGGAGACGCACGGCAGCAGCGUGGACGCCAGCGCCUCGCUUGAGGAGUGCGGCCGGAGGUGCCUGGCCAACUGCUCGUGCACGGCAUACGCCGCGUCGGAUAUCCGUGGUGGUGGAGGCGGGAGCGGAUGCAUUCAGUGGUUCGGCGAGCUGAUGGACACGCGGUUCGUCGACGGCGGCCAGGAUCUCUUCGUCAGGCUGGCAAUGUCUGACCUAG